UGGAGCUGGACGUGUCUUGGGCGCUUCCCGGGGUCUGUGUGUCUGGAGAAGCUCAGCCGGGAAAAGAGCCAGGCGUCCGGAAGGAGUCCAAGCCCGAAAGAAAACCUGGCGAAAGGAGGGAAAAGCCCCUAGGGAAAUAAUCACGGACAGUGCAAGAUACCUAGGAGAUAACUUCUAGGAGAUCUGUCGGGUGCUGGAAUCAGGACCAGCGCUCCUAGCGUUCUCCUUGCUGCCCGGAAUAUUCUCCAAGCUCCAGGACUUUGACUCCGGCACCACUAUCCCACCAGGCCCUGACCUGGGCUGUCCCGGAUUGGACGGGACUUUUUCGGGCUUUCAGCCGUCAGAGCCAUCACCAUGGAGAUCGUCUACGUAUACCUCAAGAAGCGCAGCGAGUUCGGGAAGCAAUGCAACUUCUCCGACCGCCAGGCGGAGCUGAACAUCGACAUCGCCCCCAACCCGGAGCUGUCCGCACUGUAUGUGGAGCGGAACCCAGUGGACACGGGCGUCCAGUGCUCGGCUAGCAUGUCGGAGCAUGAGGCCAACACGGAGCGGUUUGAGAUGGAGAGCUGCGGGGUCAACCAUGUCGAGGGGGGCUGGCCCAAGGAUGUGAACCCCCAGGAGCUGGAGCAGACCAUCCGCUUCCGGAAAAAAGUGGAGAAAGACGAGAACUACAUCAAUACUGUCAUGCAGCUGGGCUCGAUCAUGGAGCACUGCAUUAAGCAGAACAACGCCAUUGACAUCUACCAGGAGUAUUUUGAUGACGAGGAGGCCGUGGAGGUGACUGAAGAAGCCCCUUCGGCCAAGACCAUCAAUGUCUUCAGGGACCCUCAAGAGAUCAAGCGGACAGCCACUCACCUCUCCUGGCACCCUGAUGGGAACAGGAAGCUGGCUGUGGCUUAUUCCUGCUUGAAUUUCCAGCGAGCUCCCAUGGGCAUGAGCCAUGACUCCUACGUCUGGGACCUGGAAAACCCCAACAGACCUGAAAUUGCCUUGAAGCCAUCUUCUCCUCUCAUCACCCUAGAGUACAACCCCAAGGAUUCCCAUGUGCUCCUAGGGGGCUGCUACAAUGGGCAGAUAGCCUGCUGGGACACCCGGAAGGGCAGCCUGGUGGCAGAGCUGUCCACUAUCGAGUUCAGCCACCGAGACCCAGUGUAUGGCACCAUCUGGUUGCAGUCCAAGACAGGCACCGAGUGCUUCUCAGCGUCCACAGAUGGGCAGGUCAUGUGGUGGGAUAUCCGCAAAAUCAGCGAGCCCACCGAGGUUGUCAUCAUGGACAUCAGCAGAAAGGAGCAGCUGGAGAACGCCCUGGGCGCCAUCUCCUUGGAGUUCGAGUCUACUUUGCCAACCAAGUUCAUGGUGGGCACGGAGCAGGGCAUCGUCAUCUCCUGCAACCGCAAGGCCAAGACGCCAGCCGAGAAGAUCCUCUGCACGUUCUCAGGCCACCAUGGCCCCAUCUAUGCCCUCCAGAGAAACCCCUUCUACCCGAAAAACUUUCUGACUGUUGGUGACUGGACAGCCCGAAUCUGGUCUGAGGACAGUCGGGAGUCAUCUAUCAUGUGGACCAGGUACCACAUGGCUUACCUCUCCGAUGGAGCUUGGAGCCCUGUGAGACCAGCGGUUUUCUUCACCACCAAGAUGGAUGGGACCCUGGACAUCUGGGACUUGGUGUUCAAGCAGUGUGACCCUGCCCUCAGUCUGAAGGUGUGCGAUGAGGCCCUCUUCUGCCUCCGGGUUCAAGACACCGGCUGUCUCAUUGCCUGCGGCUCCCAGCUCGGAACCACCACUCUGCUGGAGGUGUCCGGCAGUCUCUCCACCCUGCAGAGGAAUGAGAAGAACAUAGCUUCUUCCAUAUUCGAACGUGAGACCCGGCGGGAAAAGCUCCUGGAGGCCAGACAUCGUGAGAUGCGGCUGAAGGAGAAAGGCAAGGCAGAGGGCAAAGAUGAUGACCAGAAGGAGGAUGAGCUUGCCGUGGACAUCAAUGAGCUGGUCACCAAAGCCGAGGAGGAGUUUUUCGAUAUCAUCUUCGCAGAGCUGAGGAAGAAGGAGGCAGAGGCCUUGAAGAAGAAGCCUAGGUCAAGUACAAAUCUGGAUUACGGAGAGGAACUGAUGGAACAAAAUAUCGGAGAGGAGGAAGAAGUGGGUGAUGAAACCUAUGAUGAUGUGAGUGGGGAGAGAGAAGAAGGCGUGUCCAACUAGGGCAGCCUCCACCCACAGCACUGACUCUUUGUGUUCCUUGCUGGCCUUCCUUUUAAUACGUCUUGUCUGAGAAGUGAAAGCUGAGUUUCUUUGUUCAAUAAUUAUUGGUGAGGACAGAUGGGGGGACGAAGUCACUGGCCACACUGGGGCCCUUUCUAAGGUUGGCAGGGGUGGGCUUGUCUGUGCUAGCUCCCUGGCCUCAGCCACCCUGAGUCUACCUCGACUCAGGGCACAUGACUCAGCCAGCCUCUUCCUAGAUUCUGCUUAUCAGGAGCUCUCCAAUUAAUAGUUACCAAUGCCUUUCUCCAGAGGCUUUUAGAGCUCGGCUGAGCUUGCCUGCACUGCACGGGGGAGGGGGAGGGGGGAAGCACUGACAGAGGGGUUUCUUUCUCCCUCUCACCUACUUGUAAAUCAGAAUAGAGCUUUUGUCUUGUUCUGCAAUACCUCUCCAAGCCAUCCCCCAGGGGGCAUCUUGACAUGCAGUCACAUGGACCCCCCCAAGUGUAAAGAAUAGGCAGGUGGGAUGAACCUGGCUCUCAUUGUACGUGCAUGCUUUUUACGGCUAUUCUUCUUAUAACAUUAAAUCAGUGCU